CAACUAAAUCACAGACAAUACCAUCAUCAACACACUGCAGAAGCAGAACGUUAAAGCUCAUCGGAAAACUUCUGAAUUUCUCUCCUCAAGAACAAAUUCGAACUCCAAAGCCCCAUUUAAAUGGCUUUCUCUACAUGUUCUUCCACACCCAUUUGCUCCUUUAAUCACUCAAGCAAGCCCAACUCUGGGGUUCUUCUUGGAAAUUCAGUGCCUCAGAAGGCUUUUAGGAUAAAUAAAGCUUUUCAAAGAACAAACCCCAUUAGGCUUUUGUCUUUUGAGGUCAAGGCUUCAGAUGGUGCAGAUAGUAACCAAACCACAAAAUACAAAAGCAUUGUUUGCACUGACUGCGAUGGAAAUGGUGCUGUCCUAUGUUCUCAGUGUAAAGGAACAGGAGUUAAUUCAGUGGAUCACUUCAAUGGACAGUUUAAAGCUGGUAGCUUAUGCUGGUUGUGCAGAGGCAAAAGGGAUAUCCUUUGUGGGGGCUGUAAUGGAGCUGGUUUUGUGGGUGGAUUUAUGAGUACAGCUGACAGUUAGUACUUUGUACUGCAAAGUAUGAAUUUUCUUUCACCUGCAUCAGAAAUUGGAGUAUUUUAAGUCAAUUAAUGACCUAUCUGAGAUGAAAAAACGUAUUAAUUUGAGUAAUUUUGUAUAAUGGUUCACAUAAUUCCCAAGUUUGUAAUUGAAAAUUAUGAAUGCUUUUCUGCUUUGGUUGCAUUCCCCCGAAGAUUUGAGAUUUUUGAGAUGUAAUAUAUGACCAGUAUAUGAUUUUAGGUUUCUCAAUUAUAAAAAAAAUUGUCCCAAGAAAA